AAUUAUCCCAAUAAAAAUUACAAACUGCAUUUAAAAACAAAAAUUAAUUUUUAAUUGUGACACACAGUGAUAGAAACUCAAAUUUACCAAAGAAAAAGAGCUCACAAAGAGCAACGAGGAGGGGGAAGCGAUUCAGUGUGGCCGAACCCAUUUUAGUGUUCUGUUCUCUCUUUCUCUCUCUAUGCAUGGAAGACGAGGUGGAAGCGAAGAAGAAGAAACCACUGAACCUUGACUGGAAUGAGCUCUUCUCCACCAAGGACGACGAACCGCCACCUCUAGUCAUCCUCAAGUCCGAAACCCUCACCGGCGCCAAGGCUCAGAGGCCUUCGCCGGAAAUGAGCUCCGAUCGAAGACACGAAGCAAACGAACAGUUGACCGAUCAUGAGCUUAACGAGAGGAUUAGGAGUACUGCGAUCAACAUUAAGAAUGGACUCGCCAGCAAGUUGCCCGACAAAGGGGAAAGGCUGAAAAAUUCUCUUAAGGCACUCGAGGAUGAGAGGGAACGAAGGAAACGGAAACGGGUUGAGACCAUUCACUUAGAGGAAUCUAAUGAACUUGAGAACCCUGCACGGUCUUUAAGCUCUAGUGUUGCGGGUGAGAGUGAGACAUUCGGUGGUUCUGAAGACUUCAAAAAAGACAGUGCAACAUCUCAAGAGAAGACAUUUGCUUCACGUUUUCUUCAGAAGAUGGACGGCCAUACGGAUUCUAGGACAGGCAAUGCAUUUGAAAAUGAGAUUUCAUUGUUGGGUCCAUGCAACAGUAGGAGAAUGAGAAACAAUAAAGCAUUCUCACAGAAACAAGAGCAUAAUCGAUCAUCAACAGGAGUCUCGCCAAGAAAUUUUUAUGGCAAUCCUUCUUCUGAAGGAGGUAAUAUUGGUCUUUCAAAUGGUAAUCAAACAAGCAGAGAUUCUUUCGUCCAGUCUCAAGAUAAAGGAUUGAAAGAAAAGAAUGAUGGUUUUCCAGUCUCGAAUUCUUAUAAUACAAGGACCAGAAGGGGACAGACCAUUGUUCUUGAUGAGGAGGAACCUCAACCUCAGGAGACAAUGCAGGAAAUAGAGAAACUUGAUGAAUCCAUGAGAGAGGUGAAGGUAUACUACCCAUCGAGGGAUGAUCCAGAAUGUGACGUGAUUUCUUAUUCGGACUUUGACUGCCUUGCUCCUCAAUGCUACUUGGCAUCAACUAUCAUGAGCUUUUAUAUGCGGUACCUACAGCAACAUGCUUCUCCAACAAAUCGGGCAAUGCACGAUUGCCAUUUCUUUAAUACCUUCUUUUACAAUAAGCUCAAAGAAGCUGUAUCUAACAAGGGGAAUGGCAAGGACUUUUUUACCAAGCUCAGAAGAUGGUGGAAGGGUGUAAAUAUAUUUCAGAAGGAAUACAUAUUUGUUCCUAUAAAUGAAGAUCUUCACUGGAGCCUGGCGAUAAUUUGUAAUCCAGACCCGAAAGAAGAGUCAGGACCAAUUGUGCUGCAUUUAGAUUCAUUAGGACUUCACUCAAGCAAGUCAGUUUUUCAAAACAUUAAAAGAUUUUUGAGAGAAGAAUGGCAGUAUUUGGAUCAACAAGCAACUUCUAGUUCAGAUUUUCCUUUGCCAGAAAGCAUAUGGAGAAAUCUUCCAAACAAAAUCACAGAUAAAAUCAUUACGGUUCCUCAACAAAGAAACGAUUAUGAUUGUGGUCUUUUUGUACUUUUCUUCAUGGAGCGGUUCAUCGAAGAUGCUCCUGAAAGGCUGAAAAAGAAAGAUCUAGCAAUGUUCGGGAAGAAGUGGUUUAAACCCGAAGAGGCCUCUGGUUUGAGGGAGAAAAUUCGAAAGCUACUCAUAGAAGAAUUCAAAAAAGCAAACGCUAAUUGCACAUCAGAGUCUUCGCAAGGUUCGCCUCCUAGUGUUGUUUUACAAGAAGAAUUCAAAAAUGCAAAGGCUAAUUGCACAUCGGACUCUUCGCAAGGUUCCCCUCCUAGUGUUGUUUUAGAGGAAUGAAUUAAGGGGCAACAGAGGUCUCUCCUUUUUCUUCAAGUGAUUGCUUCAGAUGAAUAAUGUGGGGCCAACUAAAGGUUAGAUUGGUGCACAUUGCUUCUCACACUCUAAAGCCUCUCUUUUUGUAUAGUUCACAUAGUUGAUGAUGCAUCAUGCAAAUACAUUGCUUCUUCUGACACAUUCAUUUAAGUCGUAAAUGGCCAAUCAGCUGUAUAAAGUUCUGAGAUCAGUUUUGUAUAGAUCGGCACAAGUGCCAUACUUUCAAGAAUAGCAACCCGACCAGUUUUGACUGGGACGCACAGUCACAAUUUCUGGUGACUUUGAAGAAAAGCCCUCUAAAGUUGAGGAUGGUGAUGGUUCUUUGAGCAAAUGUUCACUAACCAUGUAAACUGACUAGUUAUACUUUUUUUUUUGGACUGACUACCUAUAGUUUUAAAUUUCUACAUUAAUAUUUUAAUAGUAAAUUUGAGAUUGAGAACAAUAA